CUUUGUAAACAUGGUAGCUUGGGAGUGACUUGGGAGACAGUUGAGAUAAGACUGCCCUGCCCAGUUGAGACAUUUGUAUCACACGACAACAGCCUGACGCAUAUAGAACGGCUGUGCGUGGAAGUAAGCGCAGUGUACAGGAGUGUAACGUAUCGAUUUGCAAAAGACCAACGACAGAAGCGAGAGCCGAGAGAAUGUGGCUACCCUUGGUUGGAUUCACCGCCCUGCCACACCUCGGGGGGCUCUAUGGCGGUUACAUCACCCGAACUCAGGUGAAGACCUGGUACCCCACCCUGCAGAAACCAUCAUGGCGGCCUCCAAAUGCAGCGUUCCCCGUGGUGUGGACCUGCCUGUACACAGGAAUGGGCUACGGCUCCUAUUUGGUGUGGAAAGAACUUGGAGGUUUCACUGAGGACGCAGUGGUGCCACUGGGACUUUACGGGAUGCAGCUGGCACUCAACUGGGCCUGGACGCCCAUUUUCUUUGGCGCACACAAGCUCAAAUUGGCCUUCAUCGAGAUCGUGGUUCUAACUGGGACCGUCGGCGCCACCAUGUGGUCUUGGUAUCCCAUCAGCCGAACAGCAACUCUGCUGAUGGCGCCCUACUUGGCUUGGCUGUCUCUGGCCACUUCCCUCAACUACUGCAUAUGGAGAGACAACCCAGAGAAAAAAGAAGAGUAGGAAUAAAAGGCAGGAGAUCUUUACAUGAGCCUUGAUCAAAGAGCAUCAGCAUUUAUGUGAUCAAUCAGUUAAGGGGCCUUCAAAAUUAUCUUUUUCUGUUACGUACAUUUUUAUUUGCACUAACAUUUUGAUUUCUCAGCCCAAAGUGAUUGGCUUGAUGAUAUCCCUCCACUGGAUUGUUGAUAGCACAGUCAGAAAGACCCUUUGGAAAUGAUUUUUUUACAGUUCUCUGUGCACAUGAUUUAGCUUAAUAAUUUCCCAAUGUAAUCAUAUCACCGUUUGACAGUCUACUUCUUGUAAAACAAUGCUUCGUCAAGCACAUUUAAUCGAGCUUCUCAUUAGAAUGUUGACCAAAUAUCAAAGACGGAGCUGAAUUGCAAUCUAGGGUGAAGUUAGUGUUUCCUUGUGUAAAAACACUUACAGUAUUUGCUUUUGUAUGAACAUUGCCAUCCACACAUGAAUGAAGAAGAAAAAGAUUCAUGAUGAUCGUAAGCAUAUUAAUUGGUUGUCCACGUGUCUAAAUUCUUUAGUUUUUGUGGACUGUACUGCAAAGAAACGGGUGAAAUAAAUGUCUUGCAAACAUACAUAACAA